AUCAGUGAAUGUACCGGCCUAACCACUCCCAUAACCAAAACCACAUAUCCAAACCCACACCUUACUCUCACACAUAAUUUCACAGACGAAAUUUUGGUCGAUAAAAAGUAACCAAACAAUGUACCCGAAAGCGAACCAUCUUAACCAGAGUCACUCAUUUACCCCCUCCAAAUAUAUGGCUAUCUGCUUAUUUAAACCGGACGUAACACAACUCUUCUUCACACCUCAAGUAAAAUGGAAGCAAACACUCUGUUUCUUCUAAAGGCUCUUUGUCUUCUCUGUUUUAGUGUAUGCUUCACAUUGGCUUCCGACCCUGAUCCCAUCCAAGACUUCUGUAUACCAAAACCUAUGACAUCUCCUUAUCAUGACCAUCACUUCUCCACCAAUCUUCCUUGCAAAAACUCCUCCGAAGUAACCACCGAAGAUUUUGUCUUUUCCGGUCUAAAAACUGUCGGAAACUUCACGGAGACUGGCUUCGCCACCGUCCCAGUAAGCCCGGUAAACUUCCCGGGCCUUAACACAUUAGGCCUGUCGUUUGUCCGGGCUGAUCUCAAACCAGGAUCCAUAAACCCACCACAUUACCACCCGCGGGCCACGGAAGUAGCCCACUUGGUUAAAGGACGGGUUUACUCCGGUUUUGUGGACUCGAACAAUAAGGUUUACGCAAAAGUGAUGGAAGAAGGAGAAAUGAUGGUUUACCCCAAAGGGCUUGUGCAUUUUCAGAUGAACGUGGGAGAUGUUACGGCCACGAUUGUCGGCGGACUUAAUAGCCAAAACCCUGGUAUUCAGAAGAUACCGUCGGUUGUUUUUGGAUCAGGGAUCAAUGAGGAGUUGCUUAUGAAAGCUUUUGGGUUGAGUCUUAAGCAGAUUGGUACGUUGAAGAAAAGAUUUGAUCCUGUCAUGUCUAAUGAGCAUUGAUGUUUUCGCUUAAGUCUUACCGAGAUUAAUUAUUAUAUGGAAGUUAUUUAUCUAUGUUAUGGUUCUUGAUCAUAAUGUUAUUUUAUAUAUUUUGACCCAAAAAAUGGUCAUCUUUAGUUA